AUGGGAGGCCAAAGACCAGGCCUUCUGAGGCAGUUGUUUGAGGGAGUGAAGUCCUUGGGAGAUCCCAGGCUCGGAGUACUUGUUCUCAAUACGCUCCUCACCAACGUGUUCGUGUAUCCGUUCCAAACAGCAGCUAUACCGGUGAUGUUGAGGCAGAUGGAUCCUGUGAACUGGAGGAGUUUAGCAAGCCUGGUGUCGUUGGGCGGCGUGAUCGGUCCAAUUCUGUCCAACGCCAGCGCCUUCCUCUUCAGUAGCGAUCCUUAUGCUGGUCUGGUAUCGGGCAUCACUGCACAGAUCACCACGGGGAUGCUCUCAAUCUUCUGCGUCAUGGUCUAUCCACUCUUCCCCACUGGCACCGCCUACGCUGUACUGUUGUCGACCCUCUGGGUGUUGGUCAUUGCAGCCAACAAUCAGUUUACGAUAUUCUUCAACUCCCUCCAGCAAAUGGUCCUCCCAGCAAAUCAACGAGGAAAGUUUAUAGCCAAUCUCUUGGCUGUGUUCACGAUGGGCAACGCUGCAGGUCUGUGGGUAUUCGGCCAGGCAAUAGCAUCUCCUGAGCAUCUCCAGUCUAACGUAUGCUGGGUACUGGUCCUGUCAGUCCUCCUCAGAAUGAUCAUCGGUACAGCCAUCGUGGGGUUGUACUCUACCGAAGGUCAGCACUGCGUCGCGCAGCCUCUACGACUGACGGGACGACUGCUUCUACUGGUGGGAACCAAAUCAAUGACCGCAACCUUUCUGA